AUGAGCAGCGGUUUAGGCUCUAUAGGUUUUUCAUGGUUCUCCUCGCCGGCUUCCACCGAAUUAGAGAUGAUUAUAAUGAACUGGCUGGGAAAAUUAUUAGGAUUGCCAAAGCAGUUUCUGAAUAGCGACGAGGGCUACGGCGGAGGUAACAUACAGGGAUCAGCCAGCGAAGCUACUCUAAUAUGUCUGAUAGCAGCAAGGGAACAAACAACACUUUGUACAAAACGCCUACACCCAGAAUUAGACGAAGCAGUCAUCAAGACUAAAUUAGUUGCAUAUUCGUCUGAUCAGUCGAACUCCUCUGUAGAAAGAGGUGCAUUGUUGGCAUCGGUUCCAAUUAGACUUUUAACUACCGAUGACAAAUGCGCUCUUCGAGGUGAAACAUUGUUGAAAGCGGUCAAGGAAGAUCUGAAGAAUGGUUUCAUA